AUGGUAGUAUAUAUCGUUUACGGGUUCCGGUGGUCAAGAGUUGGCACCCUCACUGCACCAGGGAUUCGUCCACAUAUCGUGAUAAAUGACCUUCUAGACGCUGCCUCCGACUAUAUCCAAGAGCCACGAACCGCUAAAGAGGUAAUACAAUCGUUUGAACGAAUUGACGCCAACAUCCCAUCGCAUCUCCCAAAUCUGGCUUUAAUAGAGCAAUAUGACCCCGAAGACACCAGGAUAUCUGCUCUCAGUCAACCAUACGCUUUUGUUUGCUCGAAGGUGGUCCCAAUCGGAGAUGGCUCGGAACCACAGUUCAAUUUCUUCUUAAGCCUUGAUCUGGAAGAUUUCAUAAGUAAAGGUCCAGGCUUAUCUGCAGCAGAAUUGGCCACAUUUACGAACCUGAGAGAGGUCCUAGCUCCUGGCGAGAAGAUUGGUUGGUGGAUAGUAUAUAACGGGAACCCCGAGAGAUUUUCUUCAGACAAGACAGGGUCGGACUCAGAUACUACUGAGGGGGAUGGCGAGCCAGAAGAAGCUGGUCACAGAAGCGGCCCACCUAUCUGUCAAACCUCCGGCUGUUCCCCCAAAACCGAGGUUUAA